CAUCAUCUCAUAAAUAAGCUUCUAUUUUGACAAGCUUAUAAAAGCGUACGAGCUUUUUUUCUUUUGCAUCCUCGUUCUCUUUCUUUCUUUCUUGUCUAAUCUAAUCCGUCAUGCUUCAGUGUGGAUCUACCUCUCUUACCGUUGUGGUGAACUCGGCUUCCAACUUGGCCAAGGUUGAAACCAUGGGCAAGAACGAUCCCUAUGUGCAGUUCUCGUUGAACUACGAAGACAAGAACUCGUACCAAAAGACCUUUACCCAGAAGAACUCCGGUGAAGAGGCCACCUGGAACCAGUCGUUCACCCUCCCUUUGAACAAUGAAGCCGAUCUUUUCCUUGAAGUCAUGGACGAAGAGUCUACCAUCCCUGAACUCAUCGGUUUUGCCGCUAUUCCCAUCCGCCAGGUCGUUCACUCUCAGAACGCCACUUUCUUUGGUUCCUUUGAUAUCUUCACUCUCAAGGGUGAGAACGCCGGUAAGGUGAUCUUGACCUUGAUCGCUCAAGGUUUCCCCAACUCUCCUCAGGGUGAGACCACUAUCCAGUACAUUGGCGAACCUCCCCGUGGUCAAUCUUACAUCCACGAAGGUCAUAAGGAACGCGCCAAGUCGCUCCGCAACAAGGGCAGAGCCGCUGAUGCCGCUGCGGGUAUUCUUGGUGCCGGUUUCGCUAUUGGUGGCGCCCUAUUGGGUCACAAGAUUUACAAGGACCAUCAGAGCGCCGAAGAGGAACGCGCCGCCGAGGAAGCACGUCGUCAGGAAGAACAAGAACGAUUCGAACGUGAACGUCAAGAAUUCAACGAUGAAAAGGAACGUUACGAACGUGAACGUCAGGAAGGAGGACAUGACAAUAGCGGUGAACAUGAGCACGGUCAUGAACAUAGCCAUCAUCACCGUCGUCAUGAACACUGCGAGGAUGAAGGUGAACGUGGCGCUCGUGAAUGGGAUCCUAUUGGUACUUACGCUGCCGGCGACCGAGUCAGAUACCACGGUCACACCUAUGUUUGUCUCCAGGGCCACACCUCCAACCCUACCUGGCAACCCGGUGCCGCCCACUCCCUCUGGCAACCCGAGUAAUUUCCUUCACUCCCUCUCAACACCCCUCAUGAUACCAUCCACUCUCUGUCUCUCUCACUCUGCCUGAUUUGAAAAAGAGGAAAAAGCAAAAAAGAAACCACAGGAAAAAAAGUGUACUUUACAAGGAAAAGAAAAAAAUAGUUUUUUACGGUGCUUCCACCGUUUCUUUGGUUCCGUUUUGUCUUUUUGUAUGAAAAAGAAUAAUAGUAAUAAUAAAAAAACGAAUAAACGGCGUUUAUCCAUGU